AUGAAGGUCAACAAGAACGUCUUCCGGGUGAACAGCCCCCUCAACCAAAACAUUGUCAUGGGAUGCAUCUUGUUCUGUCUCCCUGGCAUAUAUGUAGCCUUGACCGGCCUAGGUGCUGGAGGUGGCCGGCCUUCCUCGGCCUCUGUCGCCAACGAGACCAAUGCCAUCUUAUAUGGCUUGUUCGCCUUGUGUGCCUGGCUGGCAGGUACCGUCAUCAAUUUGCUGGGGCCUCGCAUCAGCAUCGUCAUUGGAAGCAUCGGGUACCCUCUGUACAUUGGAGGCCUGUGGUAUUUUGACCGCACCGGCCACAGCUGGUUUCCUCUGUGGGGGGGUGCCAUGUUAGGCAUUCUCUGUGGCAUUCUGUUGACGGCCGCCGCUUUCAUCCAGUUCGCUUAUCCAGAAGAGAAAGAUAAAGGCCUCUUUAUCAGCAUGCAAUUCAUGAUGAAAGCAUCCGGUGCCUUUGUGGGUGCGCUCAUUGCGUUCUGCGCCAACGUCCACGAGAAAAAAGCCGUGGGAGUGUCUACGGCCGUGUACUCGGUUUUCAUCGCCAUUCAAACAAGUUCGAUCCUGCUUGCGGUGUUUUUCAUCACCGAUCCAAAAAAGGUGGUGCGCAACGAUGGUAGACACAUUGCCAUCUUUAAAGCUCCAACCCUUGUCGAUGGGCUCAAGGAUCUGGGCAAGGCUUUCCUCGACAAACGUCUUCUGAUCCUGUUUCCCGCCAUGCUGGUUUGUGAAAUGCCCCUGGCCAUGGUCAGCACGAUUAACGCCUUCUACUUCAAUCUCCGCACUCGAUCGCUCAACAACAUGUGUUUCCAGUUCAUCCAGAUCCUGAUGCCAUAUCUGUUGAUCUAUGUCCUUGACAGCAAACGGAUUGCCAGUCGUCGCCGGCGAGGAGCGAUUGGUGUGGUUAUCAUGGGCACCCUCGCCAUCGGAGCCUGUAUUGGCUUGUAUAUCUGGCUUGACGUGGUCCAUUAUGCCGACAUCAAGACUUCUCCUGCGGUUGACUGGCAAGAUUCGCACUUUCCGGGCAUUUUUGUCAUUUACAUUCUCUUUGGAGCCAUUUUCGCCGGCUUCCAGGUCGUGGUUGAGUGGAUCCUAUCGGCUCUCACAAAUGAACCAUCGACACUGGCACAAUUUGCUGGCAUGGUGAAAGGCACCUCCAGCCUUGGGAUGUGUAUCUCUUUCGUGGUCGCGGCCCAGAAGGUGCCGACAGUCGGCCAACUGAGUUUGCAGUUCAGUCUGUACGUGCUCGGUAUAGCAGGCCUCUUCUGGGUUCUCUUCUUCCACGUCAAGGAGACAAACUACUUUAUCGAGGAGACUGUCAUUGUCCCCCGCCAUGUGGAAGAGGAGACGAUGGGGAAGCUCGGUACUGAUCAGCAGCGAGAGGCCGAGUAUAUCAAAGAGCAUAUUGCGACUCAGCAAGCAGCAGCAGGGGUGACGAGUCUUGAGGAGGAUAAUGUGGAGAUGCAAACCUCCACCAUCGCACAGAAAUGA